AUGGCAAAAGAUGGGGAAAAAUUAGAUCUUCAAAGGGCAUUUCAAAAUGCAACGUCAAUGGAAUUGGCCAACAGGGAUGUGGCCGAAAUAUCAAGUGUCAGUGGUAUGCCAAUGAUGAAGGAGCAUUAUUUUUCUAGAAAGCAACGGUUUAAUACCUUAAAAUGUAAGCACUGCGGUAAAACUGCACACGAUUUCAAAAAUUGUCGUUAUAAAAACUUCCAGUGUUUUAACUGCGGCCGCCGAGGUCAUAUUCAACAGGUUUGCUUACGACGUAAGCCAGUGAUGUCCAGAGAAAGGACGGGGAAUGACAGACGCGAUAAUGAUAAAGCACGAAGUGCAAAUGUUAUGGAGAACGACAGCAGUGAUAGUCCAAACUUGGAGAAUUCGUCGGAUUCGUCGUCUAUAGAGUACAGUGAUGUAUUUUCUGGUGACGUAGGCUGUAUAAAAGGGACAAAAGCUAAACUGGUUUUAAAAAAGGGCGCCAUACCUAAAUUCUUCCCUCCCAGGCCUGUACCUUUUGCACUUCGGCCUAAAAUUGAAGCGGAAUUGAAAAGACUUGAACGUGAUGAUAUAAUUACCAAAGUCACUUUUAGUGAGUGGGCUACUCCAAUAGUUCCAGUUCUUAAGAAAGACGGUAAAAUACGACUUUGCGCUGAUUUCAAAGUGACUGUAAAUCCUGUUCUUUGUGUAGAUCAAUAUCCAUUACAUACAAUAGAUGACCUUUUUACAUCUCUUGCAGGAGGACAAAAGUUUAGUAAAAUAGAUUUGAAACAAGCAUAUUUACAAAUGGAGGUUGAAGAGGAGUCGAAGGAAUUGUUGACAGUUAAUACUCAUAAGGGAUUGUAUAGGUUUAAUAGGCUUCCAUUUGGCAUAGCAUCCGCCCCGGCUAUCUGGCAAAGAACAAUUGAACAAAUAUUAAACGGGGUUCCAAGAAGCAAAUGUAUUCUUGAUGACAUGUUAACAACGGGUAUAAUAACAUUGAACAUUUGGACAAUAUUGAAAAACAAUCUUAUGCGUUUGCAACAAUAUAAUCUCAAAGUAAAUAAAAGUAAAACUGAAUUUUUUAAAAACAGCGUUGAAUUCUGUGGAUACAAAGUUGAUUGUAACGGGCUUCACAAAACGGAUGCUAAAAUUAAAGCGAUUCGUGACGCACCGAGGCCGGAAAAUGUCAGUCAAGUGAGAUCGUUUAUUGGCAUGGUUAAUUACUAUCAAAGAUUUAUUCCGAAUUUGUCAUCUGUACUGUAUCCUUUAAAUUGUCUGCUCAGGGCUAAUUGCAGAUGGAAGUGGACUAAAUACUGCGAAAAAGCGUUUCUCGAAGCCAAAAAGCUUAUGACCUCGAGCACUGUAUUAACUCAUUAUGAUCCUUCAUUAACUUUAAAACUGGCAAGUGAUGCUUCACAGUAUGGUCUCGGGGCGGUAAUGUCUCAUGUAAUGAAAGAUGGUUCCGAACGUCCCAUAGCUUUUGCUUCAAAAUCGCUUACCGAGACACAAAGGAAAUAUUCACAAAUAGAGAAAGAGGCCCUUGCAAUUAUUUGGGGAGUCAAAAAGUUCUAUUGUUACGUAUGUGGAAGGAAAUUUACUCUAGUUACCGAUCACCGUCCUCUAACGUCUAUUUUCCAUCCAAACAAAGGUAUCCCUGCUACAACAGCUGCAAGGUUACAAAGAUAUGCUUUGUUUCUAGCAGGUUUGGACUAUGAAAUUGAAUUCAAACCAACGGCAAAACACUGUAACGCAGAUGGGUUAUCUAGAAUGCCGCUUCAAGCACAAGAGAACGAAACUGAAGACGAUAUUACCGAUGCUACAGUAAACAGCUUUGCCAUUUGUGACUCUCUGCCGAUAACGUGCAAACAGGUUAGAAAUCAAACUUGUUGUGACGCUGAUUUAAUGGAAGUAUAUGACUCUGUAAUGAAAGGGUGGUCGUUGUUCCAGUCACAAAAACCCAGUAUCAAGCCCUACUAUUUUCAUAAACGUGAAAUAACGGCACAUGAUGGUUGUUUGAUGUGGGGUUCAAGAGUAAUCAUACCAAAUUCUCUGAGAUCACGUUUGUUAAAAGAAUUGCAUGAUGGUCAUGUUGGAAUUGUGAAAAUGAAAUCUUUGGCUCGAAGUUAUUUCUGGUGGCCAGGAUUAGACAAAGACAUAGAAAAUAUGAUUAAAAAUUGCAAUGACUGCCAAAUGCAGCAAAAUGAACCUUCGAAAGCUCCUCUACACCACUGGGAGUGGCCCCAAGCACCAUGGAUCCGAGUCCAUGUAGAUUUUGCCGGUUGGAAGAGGCAUAUAGACCAGAUUAUUAAAUCUGACUUGAAGAUCGAGCAAGAACAUAGAUAUGAAGAGCAACUGCUUGAAUCUGAAGAUGAUCAUUUUGAACAUGACGAGCCUGCAAGUAAGGAUCUAGAUGCAACAGACAGUGCAGUAUCCAAAAGUCCAGUGCCGUCUCCAAACAUAGAGUUAUCACCACCGAAUCCUCCCAUCGAUCAGACACCGGAAACAGACGAAUCGCAGAAUCCGACACCAACAAAGUCGACAACAGACAUGGAACGACGUUAUCCACUUCGGCAGAGAAGGAGACCAGAUAGAUUUUAA